AUGCUGGGAGGCAUGUCGCCUAAACUGAAGCCGCUCCUUCUGCCUCAGUUGGUCGAGGAGCGCAAACGAUCCGAUUCCGCUUCUCAGUUUUCGAGUCCUGAUUUCAACGUAAUUGGUACUUGGCCCUACGUCGUUGCCGCCCCCGAUUCUUCUUGCUCCGACAUUACUUCUCCCAUCACGCCAACCUUCUCAACUCGUGGGCAUGUCCGCAUGUCGAGUUCCUCGUCCUCGCUCGACCUGCCCCCGCCACCCCAGGAUGGCUACGUCUCCCCGUCGCUGCUGUCCAGCACCUUGACCAAGGCUUCCAUGCGCCAGCUGCCCGAUGUUGAGGAGGAGCCUUUGGAAAAGGAAUCAUACCAACACAUCGACGACGACCUCUCUGACGAUGAGGAUAGCUUUGGACUGUAUAACUAUCUACGUGAGUUGGGUUGCGCACGCGCGGGCAGAACUAUCACAGCUAACAAGCAGGUUGCAGGCAACGAUGCUUGCGCUCGCGGUAACAGCUCCGAGGACCUCUUCGAUGCCGGCCUCGUCGGCGAUUUCGAUAUUGACGAUUACGACGCUGGCUUCCUCAGUGACGGCGACAUCAACGCUAGCGCCUCCUACGGAAAGAAGAAACGUUCUGGUAUUGAGUUAUCUGGACUCACGGCCCGCCUCGAAUCUCGCUUCCCUAACAUUACACGAUGGAGGUCUGGUCAUCGCUCACGUAUGGCAAGUGCUCCUCCAAUGGAGUACAACCUUGACAAUGUCUUAUCUCGUGCUCCCUCGAGUCGCUCAUCCUCCAUCUCCGCCCGUGCCCGUCAGAACACAGAGGCAAGCCACGAGCAUUCCAUCCCUCCCACCCCCACACUGCCAUUUGGUAGCACCGAAAGUGUCAAUGUCCCGUCCCUGACACCCGUCUUGACCGACGACGACAAAAUCGACAUUCAGAGGGAUCGUGCCCUGGCCACUACGCCACUUCUGCCUCCGCUCAUGACUGGCCCUCUCGGCAAGCCACCGGCCGAGGGUCCGCUCCAAUCGCCCAGUGUCGAGUCGGCGCCCACGCCGCCACGGCUCUCUUUCGCUGCUCAGUCACCGCCACUCACGUCCGCAUCAUCCUUUGCGCGGCCGUCACUGAGCUCUCGUCCAUCAGUUCAAUCGCUUCGCAACAUCUCGAGCAGCACCGAGAUGCCGUUCCCGGUGCCCGCUCCGCUGCCGUCGAUUCUGCAAGAGUACGAUGAAUGGUCUGAUCGCCUUGGCCAUGCCAACUUUACCAUCUCCCCUGCUCCCUACGAUCCUCCAGCUGUCAACCCUGAGACUAUUGCCAAGUUUCAAAGCGACUGGGAUACGGCGCGCUGCAACUACACCAAGCACUUGGUGCGCACUGGCGAAAAUUAUGGCCAGACGAGCAAGAUUUACGGCCUCACUGAAGCCAAGUGGGCCGAGACGGAGCGUCGCUGGAGAAGCAUCUACCAAGAUGUUAUCAAGCAGACACCUUCAGCUGUGCCCAUGCAAAAGACCAACUCUCGCAGCCGCAGUCGCGGGCGCGUUCGGGGCCGUUCUCUUAGCGCCCACCCUAGUUCUAUGCAACACAGUCCUCACGGUGACGCUUUUGCUGGCAUGGAAUGGAAGCGUCUCGAAGAUAGCUUGCCCCGCGCUGUGCCUCAGAUGAUCGAGGCACUCGACGCUGCUCCAGGCAAGUUUCCCAGCCGCGGCGACGAAGACAUUGUCGGUCCCAUGCACCGCGAAACUUCCAUGGCUGGCGCGUACGAAGACACUCGCUCGCGCUUCUGGAAGAGCCUUGGAGCCAAAGUUGGCAUUCAUCGAUGA